AUGUUCAGUGAACUUGUUCUCCAACAAGCACCCGCAUAUAUGCAUUUGCGUCGACACGCUAAUGUUGAUGGAAUGCAACAUUCUCGUCCAACGAGCAUGCAUCAUAUGCACAAGUCUUACCAGAUUGGACCAUCUAGUCAUUCUGGUGGUGCUCUCAGGAUUGAAGAUGUAACUGAAACUGCGCGUGAACAUGGCCCUAAGAUUCGUGGCACAGUUGUAAUUGAUGAUGAAGACGAUGAAAGAAGUACACCAAAUUCACCAAUCACACAAGCUGUUGGGCAUGGGACUAUAGGCACCUCCACUAAUUAUAGACCAAAAGAAAUGAUACGAGCUGCUAUUGAGGCUUCCAAGAAGGGUGUUACAGUGCCAAAUCAAUUAUUUGACGAUCAUCUUGGUGCCGGGGAUCCCUCUUCUCAGCAAGGAGGACAGUCUCAACAAGAAGAUGCUGAGCUUGCACGUGUCGUUUCAUUGUCAUUGCAGACUGCAGAGCGGGAAAAAGCGCUUAGAGAAUUGGAAGGGAAGAGUGGAGAUUCAGAGGUAGGUCUGAUACCUGCUUCAGAGGAGUCGGUUAGCAUACUUUCCAGUGGAAGGCGAUCUUAUUUGGAGCAUGGAGGCCCUUCCUUCCAAGAUAAAGCUGAAGAUGCAAAAGAUCUAACACUGGGCAGACAUAGGAGGAGUGUUUGUAGUAUUUUUGGGCAAGUGGUAACCGAACUACCGGACUCGGGUCGUUCUCAAAGGAAGGCUAUUCGGAGCUUCGUUCACUACCUAGUCGUCAAAGUCACAUAA